AUCUUCCAACCUGCGCGUCGCAGUUAUGGACUCUGGUAAACUGCGGUAUAGAAAACUUGACAACUUAUGUAUAGGUUAAAAUGAAAUAAGUUGGUAAACAAAACAUGACACGACACGCCAGGAACUGUACAGCUGGUGCUGUUUAUACUUAUCAUGAAAAGAAGAAAGAUGCAGUAGCCUCAGGUUACGGAACAAAUACGCAAAGAGUGGGAAAGGAUUCUGUUAAAGAUUUUGAUUGUUGCUGCCUUACAUUACAGCCUUGUAGAAAUCCUGUCAUAACAAAAGACGGCUACUUAUUUGAUAAAGAAGCAAUAUUGGAAUAUGUCUUAACUAAAAAGAAAGAAUAUGCAAGAAAAUUGAAAGAAUAUGAAAGACAAAAACAACAACAAGAAGAACGAUCUAAUGAAAAAACUGCUAAUGAAGAGUUACAAAAGUUGCAACAAUUUUUAAAGGGAGAGAAAACUAUUGUUUUAAAAAGACAAACUGCAGCUAAUGAAUCAACUUCUUCAGUUUCUAAUAUGAGCAAUGGCAAGGAUAAAGUAUUGCCAAGUUUUUGGAUUCCUUCCAAAACACCUGAAGCAAAAGAAAUUAUAUUGCAAAAACCAGAUAAAACAGUUUAUUGUCCAAUUAGUGGGAAACCAUUGAAAAUAAAGGAUCUUAUUCCUGUAAAAUUCACUGAAAUAAAAGAUCCAGAUGACAAAAAGUCUCUUAUUGUUAAACAAGCUCGAUACAUGUGUCCAAUUACUCAUGAUGUUUUAAGCAAUAGUGUUCCAUGUGCAGUUAUAAGGACAACUGGUGAUGUAGUGACAAUGGAAUGUGUAGAGAAAAUUAUUAAAAAAGACUGGAUUAAUCCUUUGGAUAAUACAAAAUUAACAGAGAAGGAUAUUAUAGUUUUACAGAGGGGUGGUACUGGAUAUGCAGCUGUUAAUAACUGUUUAGAAGGUAAACACGAAAGACCAGUAUUGCAGGCAUAAAUAUUUAAAUUGUGUAAGUAUAAAAAUAUGUCUUUAAUAAUGUGUAAUAAAUUUACGGUACAAAGAAAUAAACUGUAAUACUUUACAA